GCAUGUUGGACGCAUCAUGUGUUCCUCUGCGGGCAGAUUCUCGGUGAUGACAGCGGAACCUCCAUCAUGGCUUGCUUCAUCCAUGUUCAAAUAGUCUCUAUCAUUCCAUCAUGGACUCUCCUUCAUCUUCAUUCACGCAAGCACAAUCAUCAGUCAUGCCCUCUGCAACGCAAGAGAUCUCUACCCCCGUCAGCGAGGCUUGGUGGAAGGAGGCAUCUGUCUACCAGAUCUACCCUUCAUCCUUCAAGGACUCAAAUGGAGAUGGCAUUGGUGACAUUCCUGGUGUGAUUGAGAAGCUAGACUACUUCAAGAACCUUGGUGUUGACAUCGUUUGGCUAUGUCCGGUUUACCCAUCGCCUCAGGUUGACAUGGGUUACGACGUAGCCAACUACUGUGAUAUUGACCCGCAGUACGGGACCAUGGCCGACGUCGAGCGACUCAUAGAGGGUCUGCAUUCAAGAGGUUUGAAGCUACUGAUGGAUCUUGUGGUCAAUCACACCUCAGACCAGCACAAAUGGUUCCGAGAGUCUAAGUCAUCUAAAGAUAGCCCUUACCGAGACUGGUAUAUCUGGCGAAAGCCUCGAUACGAUGAGAAUGGAGAGCGACAGCCACCGAACAACUGGUCCUCCUAUUUCGGAGGCAGUGCAUGGGAAUACGACUCUGCAUUUGAUGAGUAUUAUCUCCAUCUCUUCGCAAAAGAGCAGCCGGACCUCAACUGGGAGCAUGCUCCCGUGCGCGACGCCGUGCAUGAUAUCAUCCGCUUCUGGCUGGACAAAGGCGUCGAUGGAUUUCGAAUGGACGUGAUCAACUUCAUCAGCAAGCAAGACGGCCUCCCCGACGCCACCGUCAAGAUUCCUGGAGCCAAGUUCCAGUGGGGUGACGAGCAUUACGCCUGCGGUCCUCGACUACAUGAGUACCUUCAGGAUAUCGGCAAGAUCCUCAAAGAGUAUAACGCCUUCUCCGUUGGCGAAAUGCCGGCAGUUCAAGAUCCCAAGGAAGUCAUCAAGAGUGUUGGCGAAAGCCGUCGUGAGCUCAACAUGAUCUUUAACUUCGAGAUCGUGGAUAUGGAUCAUGGCGACGGAGGAAAGUUCUCCCCACAUAAAUGGGAGAUGCAAAACCUGAAGAAGAUUGUCAACAAGUGGCAGACGUUCAUGUACAAGAACAAGGGCUGGAACGCCUUGUACCUCGAGAAUCACGAUCAGGCAAGGACAGUAUCGAGGUGGGCCUCCGAUAAGCCCGCCUACCGAGCGCUGUCAGCCAAGAUGCUGUCCACGUUCCUAUGCUUCCAGAGCGGUACAGUGUUUGUAUACCAGGGACAGGAACUGGGCAUGGCCAACAUGCCGGCGGACUGGGAGAUGACUGAGCAUCGAGACCUGGAAACAUUAAACCACUGGGAGGAGUAAGGGUUCUCUUUUCCCGUGGUGGUUCGACAAGUGGCUAACUUGUGAUCAGGUUGAAACAGACAACGGGUUCUGAUGCGGCAGUCCUUGAGAUCGCGCGCAAGGAAUACCAACUCAAAUCUCGCGAUCAUGCGCGAACCCCAGUACAGUGGGACUCCUCAACGAAUGCGGGCUUCUCGGCAGCAACACCAUGGAUCCGAGUAAACGACGACUAUAAGGAGUGGAAUGCCGCAGCUCAGGUCGCCAAGCCAGAUAGUGUGUUUGAGCACUGGAAAUCUGCGCUUGCGCUGCGAAAAGAACUGAAGGACAUCAUCGUCUACGGAGACUUCGAGCUUCUUGACGAAGAGAACGAUGAUGUUUUUGCGUAUGCGCGGUCGAAUGGAGCGCAGAAGGUUGUUGUUGUUUGUAAUUUCCGAGACCGAGAGAUUCCUUGGUCCCCUCCGGUCGAUUUACAUUCAGGCAAGGUUUUGCUUGCAAACAAUCCGGAAGUUAAUCUGUCGCAGAAGACGGUUAAUCUUCGUCCCUUUGAGGCUUUUGUUUGUCAAUUGCAUUAGAAUAGAUAUCUUAACCUAGACUCAAUCAGUGUUUCAAAAAAAGAAUUGGUGCCUAAUCGAUACAAGACCUCAGUAAAUAAAGCCGCAGAAAAUGAAGCUUACCACCUGGCUUGGGCAAUUUGGAA